AUGCCGCUGAGCAUCAUCAUCGUGGGCGGGGUAGCUGGUGGAAUGUCAGCUGCAACCCGAGCCCGUCGCUUGGAUGAGAAUGCUUCGAUUACCGUUCUGGAGCGAGGCUCUUUUGUGAGCUACGCAAAUUGUGGUGUCCCUUACGCUUUGGGAGGAGUCAUCGACUCCGACAAAAACUUGGUACUUCAAACAGAAGCAAGUCUAGAGGCGCGAUUCAACAUCGACAUCCGUCUGCUGUCAGAGCUUGUGGAAGUCGACCCACAAACGCGUAGAGUCAACAUACACGAUCUACAGAGCGACAAUUUCUACAAGAUGUCCUACGAUAAGCUGAUCCUGGCCCAAGGAGCGCAAUCGGUUAUCCCUGCCAUCCCUGGCAUGGGCUUGGCUCAGAUUCUCACGUUGCAAACGAUACCAGACUUACAGAAGAUCCGGGAAUUCAUCUCAAAAACUAGCUGCAAGCGUGCAGCUAUCAUCGGGGGAGGAUUUAUCGGUCUUGAAGCCGCGGAAAACAUACGCAAACUGGGCCUAGACGUGUGCAUGGUCGAAAGUUCCAGUCACGUAUUUCCCCCGUUUGAUGACGACUUCGCAAACAUUAUACACAGAGAACUGGAAAGUCACCAAGUUCAUCUAUUUACCAAUCAAAAAGUGACGGAGAUACUCGAAGACAGAUCCUCCGUCAAGAUUCAGCUUUCUGGAGGCGAAACCGUAUCUGCAGACGUCGUCAUCGUGGCAAUCGGUGUACGUGCACGAUUCCAAAUAGCGGAAAGUGCUGGCCUUCGUGUUGGAAGAAGUGGAGUCACCGUGAAUAUUUUCAUGCAAACAUCCGAUCCCGAUAUAUAUGCUGUCGGAGACAUGGUUGAGGUCGAAAAUCGAAUUUCUCAUCAAGCCACGUCGUUAGCACUGGGGGGUCCAGCUAACAGACAAGGCCGUAUUGCUGCUGAUCACAUCUUUGGGAUUCCGACACCGUAUAGAGGGAACGUUGGCACGUGUGUGUGCCAAGUAUUCAAUCUCACGGCCGCAACUACGGGAUUCUCAGUCCAGCGCUUAGAGAAUCUUGGUUUCCGUCCACUUUGGGUGACAGUCCACCCACCUGAUCAUGCCAGCUACUACCCUUCUGCGAGCCCGAUCACACUCCGGGUUGCUUUCGAACCUGGGACCGGCCGUCUUCUUGGAGCUCAAGCCGUUGGAGAAACAGGUGUCGAUAAGCGCAUUGACGUUAUUUCGAUCGCACUGCAGGCUAAUAUGUCCAUUUUUGACUUGGAACAUGUCGAAUUGAGUUAUGCGCCACCGUAUGGUUCGGCAAAGGAUCCCAUCAAUAUGGCAGGAUUUGUCGGGAGCAACCUCCUCCGCGGAUUAGUCGAAAUCGUGCACCCCAAGGCGGCCUCGCAUCUAACCGCUAGUUGGCAGGUCAUUGACGUCCGAUCUCCUGAUGAAUUCUCCCGGGGACAUGUUCCAUGUGCUCGCAAUAUUCCUUUGGACCAAGUGCGGCAGAAUAUCCAACAUUUACGGAAAGAAUGCCCUGUUCUCGUUUAUUGCUGGGUCGGGUAUCGGGGCUAUAUUGCCUACAGAAUACUGCGACAAGCCGGCUUCAAAGUCGCAAAUUUGGACGGAGGCUUCAAGUCGAUUGUGCAAGGCGGCUUUGCAGAUUUGAUAAGUCCGGCCAUUCCAGAAGCCCAAGUUGUCAAGUGUCGAGAUUGA